CUUCCAGCAACUUCGCUGACAGUUGCCUUCCCGUUGACCACAGCUUUCUUGGAGGUUUCUCUUCUUGAGUCCUUCACAAUUUCGUCCAACUACUCCCCCAAACCCAGGAAACUCUGUUUAGGCAGAGAAUUCAUGCUUCGUCUUCCAAUUGCUAUACCGCAGCAUAAACGUUGUUUGCACAGAUCUUGUUUGCUUCGCUGAAUUAACUCAACCUGCCCAACAUGGCCGCCGGAAUCGUCAACAUUCGCCGCGACGUCGAUGACAAGUUUUAUCGAUACCGCAUGCCGCUCUUGACCACCAAGAUCGAGGGAAAGGGCAAUGGUAUCAAGACUGUCUGUCCCAAUAUGUCCGACGUGGCCCGAGCUUUGAGUCGCCCGCCCACCUACCCGACCAAGUUCUUCGGGUGCGAGCUCGGAGCUCAGACCUCGUUCGACGAAAAGAAUGAUCGCUACAUCGUCAACGGAGCUCACGACGCCAAUCGCCUCCGCGAGCUUCUCGACGUCUUCAUCGAGAAAUACGUCCUCUGCAAGUCUUGCAAGAACCCCGAGACUGAUCUCGUCAUCCUCAAGCAGGGUCGCAACGAGGAGAUCAUCCGGGACUGCAAGGCGUGUGGCGAGCGUACCGAAGUCGACAUGCGCCACAGGUUGACAACUUUCAUCCUCAAGAAUCCACCUGUCAAGGUCAGGAAGGGGAAGAAGAAGGACGUCGCUGGCGCUGCUGACGGUGUAGGCGGCGGAAGUCCCGAUGCGACCGAGGGCAACGGCGAGGGCGACGCUGGCUACGAAAGCGACGAUUUUCUCACCAAGAAGAUCAAAGCGGAAGCCGCUGAACUCAAUGCUGAAGCUUCCAUCGCAGACGAGGGUUGGUCUGCCGAUACCUCCCCUGAAGCCGUCAGGAGUCGCAUCCAAGCUCUCGAAGCGGGCAUGGCUGCCACUGUUCUCGGUGGUGACGACGAGAGCGACGAGGACGCAAACAGCCCCUACUCUCUGCUGGGCAAGUGGAUCGAGGGGGAGAAGGACAGUGGAGCUGAGGACCCAAAGGCACUGUGCAUCGCCAUCUACAAAAAGGCUUCCGAGCUCGGUAUCGAGAAGAAGCACAAGGCUAUGACUAUCAUUGCCCAGGCUCUCUUUACCGACAAGAUUGUGUCCGAGAUUGAAAGCUAUGCCCCUCUAUUCCAGAAGAUGGUGACCAGCGAGAAGCACCAAAAGUCUCUUCUUGGAGGCAUUGAACGCUUCAUCGGCCUCAUGCACCCUGACCUCGUGCCCGCCGUUCCCAAGAUUCUUAUGGCGUUCUAUCAAGCCGAUAUUCUUGAGGAGGAGGUCAUCACCCAGUGGGGCACCCAUGUCAGCAAGAAGUAUGUUGACAGAGAUACGAGCAAGAAGGUCCGCAAGGCGGGCGAGCCUUUCUUGAAGUGGCUCGAAGAGGCUGACGAUGAUGAUGAUGAUGACGACGAGUGA